CAGGAUGGUCAAAUCCUCACAAGUACACCGUCGGCGAAUCUAAAUGAACGAGACUCCAUCCAUGACGAGGAGACGGCUCAACGGACUCCCUCUGGUCCCGAAAACAAGAUCGCGCCGGCUGAAUUGAAACCAUAGCAACGCUGCCUUCUGCUUUUUGUUUUGCGCCCUAGACAUGACCGGAAGGGAGGCACGGAUGGCCGGCGGGUGGGGCAUGGCGAGCAGUGCCCUGCUUUGGUCGGCGGCCAUUGUUUAUUUGACCCACGUUGGUCAAGUCAACGGGGACUGCUGGUUAAUUGAGGGCGAAAAGGGCUUUGUGUGGCUCGCCAUCUGCAGCCAAAACCAACCACCAUACGAGGCCAUCCCGCAGCACAUCAACAGCACCAUUGUGGACCUUCGCAUGAAUGAAAACAAGAUUAAAAGUAUUCAAUACUCCGCCCUUAGUCGCUUUGCCAACCUAACCUACCUGAACCUGACCAAGAAUGAAAUCGCCUACAUCGAGGACGGGGCCUUUUCCGCUCAAUUUAACUUACAAGUUCUUCAGAUGGGCUUCAACAAGUUACGCAACUUAACCGAGGGGAUCCUCAGGGGUCUUGGAAAGCUGCAGUAUCUCUACCUCCAGGCAAACCUGAUUGAGACUGUGACACCCAAUGCCUUCUGGGAAUGCCCCAACAUCGAGAACAUCGACUUGUCCAUGAACCGCAUCCAGCAGUUGGACGGCUCCACCUUCACCAGUCUGACUAAGCUGACAACCUGCGAGCUGUACACCAAUCCCUUCAACUGCUCCUGCGAACUGCUCGGUUUUGUCAAGUGGCUCUCGGUUUUCCCCAACAGGACAAACGAGCGGAUGGUCUGCGACUCCCCGAAUGGUGUGUCUGGUUACAGUCUUCUGAGUCAGAACCCGAACAACCCCACCUAUCGAAAUGCUCUCCACAUGCUCACCACCGUGUGCACAGACGACUACGUCACACCUUUUUUCCCGUCGCCGUUGGAGCCUACGACGCCCCCGCCGGACUUCACCCUUUGCGGGCUGGAGGACUGUCCAUCGGGGACGGAGCCAGAAGACAUAAUCACCCACAACGUCAGUACGACUAACAACGAAGUGGAAGCAAACCCGCUGAUGAAACUGAAGGAAGUGUCCAAUACGGGAGCAACCAUCACGGUUCAGAUCCCGCAUCCUUACAAAAAGAUGUACAUCCUGGUUCUGUACAACAACAGCUUUUUUACAGACAUCCAAACCCUGAAAAGAUUCAAGGAGGACGUGGUACUCAAGCCCCUCAAACCUCACACCAACUAUACGUACUGCGUUGUUUCCAUUCGGAACUCCCUGAAACACAACCACACUUGUCUGACAAUCACCACGGGACCUUGGAAGGGCAAAUCGAGAGACGCGAGCAACGCCACUGCCACUCAUUACAUCAUGACCAUUUUGGGCUGCCUCUUUAGCAUGGUCAUCUUUCUCGGGGUGGUUUAUUACUGUUUGCGACGGAAGCGUCGGCAAGACGAAAAGCACAAAAAGGCUGGUAGCCUGAAGAAAAACAUCAUGGAACUGAAAUAUGGACAAGAACUGGAGGGAGGGACGAUUUCUCGCAUCUCCCAGAAACAGCUGCUGACCGGAGAGAGCAUGGCCAGGAUGCCCUACCUCCCGCCUGCCAGUGAAAUGGAUCAGUACAAAUUUCAAGAAAUAAGCGAGACUCCAAAAAUGAUGAAGGGAAGUUACAUGGAGGUGCGGAGUCUGGACCACCACGAGCGCAGGGAGUGCGACAUGAGAAUGGCGGGGAACAGCCAAGGCUCCGUGGCCGAGAUUUCCACCAUCGCAAAGGAGGUCGAUAAAGUCAACCAGAUCAUCAACAACUGCAUUGACGCUCUCAAGACCGACUCCACUUCUUACCAAGGGGUAAGAUCGGGAGCCGUGUCCAACGUGGAGCCUCAGCUGGUGCUCAUAUCCGAGCAGCCGCAGAAUGAAUCGGGCCUCCUGGCCCCUCCGUACAAGGACAGCUACCACCACUCCCUGCAGAGACAUCGGUCCUCGGACGCCUCGCCCAAAAGGCCCAGCACAGCCUCAGGAAUGCGAAGCCCCCGGCCUUACCGUACCGAAUCCAGGUACAUCGAGAAAACCUCCCCGACGGGGGACAACAUCCUCACGGUGACACCGGCCGCCGCCAUCUUGAGGGCCGAGGCCGAGAAGAUCCGUCAGUACGGCGACCACCGCCACUCCUACCCCGACGCUCAGAUCGAGGAGCUGGAGGGACCCGACGGCAUCAAGUCGCCCAUGCUGGAGCCACUCUCGCAUUCCCGCUCCAGAGACUUGGCUUAUUCUCAGCUGCCGGCUCAGUACCACAGCCUAAGCUAUUCUUCCAGUCCGGAAUACUACUGCAAACCGUCCCACAGCAUCUGGGAGCGAUUCAAACUCCACCGAAAACGGCACAAAGAUGACGAAUACAUGGCGGCCGGCCACGCGCUGCGCAAGAAGGUGCAGUUUGCCAAGGAUGAGGACCUGCAUGAUAUUUUGGACUACUGGAAAGGCGUCUCGGCCCAGCAUAAAUCGUAA